AUGGUAAUUUCCGCAACGCUGGAGGCGAUCCAGAAGGAUGCAUGCCAAAACUUGAUCUUGCGGCAGCCAAGUCCGAGCACCAUGGUCUUUCAGGAUGGAGCCAAGGCCGAGGAGCUCUUCAUCAUCCUCCGAGGCUCCGUGCGCCUCCAACUGAUGCGAGAGGACUUGGACUUGGGAGCUGAGGAUGAGCGCCCCAGGGCUCCUGUGGACGAGGUGGUGGCGCUGGAAGGGCCCUUGUUGAACAGGCCAGGAGCCUGCGACUUUGCCCUGGAGGAGAAGGGUAUGGUUGCGGCGAACACCCGCACAACCUUACGGCUUCUUCGAGGACGCACUGACAUGGCCUUGUCGCGGCUAGAGCCCGACUCGCCUGUGAGCCCUAGGGCACCGCUCAGCAUUCUCUCGAAGAAAUCGUGUUCACCACGUGCCGUGAGCCCCGAGCGGGCCUUGCGCCGGAGCGAUCGCCUCUUGCGGCCAGUGGCGGAGGUGAUCCAAGCCUUGGCCGCCGUCAAAGACCUGGAGCCAGCCUCCAGUGGUCUGCCGAGCUUCCAGCAACGAUGGCAAGCGUUCCAGGAGCACGUGCAUGGUCUGGUAGAUGGAUCUGGACUUGCUCCAACCGCGGCCCCGGGCGCGGCGAGCGGUCAAGGACCUGGCCCAGUCCAGUCUGAAGAGCCACAGGAGCCUGCAGCGGUCAAGGCCUUGCCGGCGACCCCACUGGCACCACGGCAACAAGUGGUGGUUGGUGAGGAAGAGGCUUUUGCUGGAUCCAUUUUGGCAGCCGCCACCUGCAUGGCUGGAAGCACCCACAAGUGGCGAGCCAUCGCAGGGGAGAACUGCCAACUGCUGGUGAUGAACAGCAAGUGCUUGGGGCGCGCCAUCAAGAAGGAGCUGAAGCGCCGUCACACCGAGCGGGAGAAACACUUGCUCAACGCCCUGGGAGGACCCAUCAAGGGCCUCGAGAACGAAAAGCUGCAUGCCUUGGCUGUGGGUGCAAAGACCGUCCUUUACAGGCGUGGCGAAGUCCUUUGCGGCGAGGGGGAGACGAGGACACCCAAGAGCCGCUUGCAAGUGCUGAUGCAUGGAGAGGUGCGAUGUGUCCGAAGCGGCGAGAAGGCAAAAGGUACCAGCAUACGCCAGAGGCUGGCAGCCAUGCACAGCGCUGGCACUCUGCUGCCAGGGCAGGCGGUGAACGCUGCGUCGAUCCUGGCAGACGAGCCGGAGCCGUUUGCGGUGGUCGUGGACUCAGCAGAGGCCUUGGUGAUCAGCCUCACUGCCGCGGAACUGGCCCGGGUCGUGUCUAUGCCGGUCAUGGAGCAGUUGAAGGUGAUGAACUUGGAGCGCCUCCAAUGGCGUCUGCAACUGCCCACAUCGUCGACGCCACGAUCCCACGGACGAGCACCCCGGAGCAGCCGCGCUGAUGCUCCCGGCAAGGCGGUCCCCAACCAGGAACUUGUAAGGUUGGACAAUGUGCUGCAUGAUCGACCCGAGAUUGUUUGCCAGAGCCCGCGCCAGCCACCUGGCAUCAUCCAGAACAUCGGUAAGGAUAUGAUGACCAGCAGCCUCUCCGUGCGUCGGCCCAACAUGCAGAUGGAAUGCCCACGUGUACACCCGGCCUUGAUCCCUCACCUCAAAGAUUUAAGGCUCAAAGCGAAGCCGGCACGUCCAGGCUCCGAGGACCUCACAGCGACCGCGACCACAGAGACGGAUCUUGUGACCCGCAGCUGUGACGACUGGGGCCUACGGAGUGCCGCCCCGCCGUUGGCCGCGAGCCUGCGGCGAGCGCGGAGCGUGCGAGGCAUGGAGGAGAGCGGUGAUAUCUCGGCGGGGGCCUUGGAAAACUACUCUUGGUGGAACUGGACCGUACGCUUUCACGCUCUCUGCGAGGUGGGCAUUGCGGGCACUGCGACGCUGUAUGUGGCAGAACGGACGCAGGUGCCGCAGAGUCUCAUGGCCUUCUCCAGAGGUGUUGGGAUGAUCUUGGGACCUCUAGUGAUGUCAAAGGUCUUGGGCAAGUUGAUCUGGAGCGGUGAGUCGCAGUAUGGCUUCGGCACCGUUCUGGGUUUCAAGGCGCUUUGUAUCGUUAUGAUCCCGCGAUUGGACCAAGCCUGGUCGCUUUGCUUGGCCUUCUUUGGGGUGGGCGCUGCGAUGGCUGUCUUGGAUACCUUCAACAUCAUGUUGGUGGGCCGCUUAUUGAAGGCGCGGAGUGGCGCUGAGCUCGCCAAGUACGACCUUUGCUAUGGGAUCGGUGGGAUGGUGGCGCCUUAUAUCGCCAUUUUGGUCCAUCGCUAUUCCUGGGACGUUUUGGCCACCGUGGAUUUGCUCAUGGCUGCCGUGGUGGUGCGGAGACGCGCUUGUCUGGGAAAGCCCACGGAUUGGAAGCAGAAGAUUCGGAACCCCGGAUCCAACGGCGGUGCCAACGGCGGCACCAACGGUAGUGGCGCUACCAACGGCGAGAAGGCUGCGACCGGCCGAGGCGGCAACUCCAUGGAUGAGGUGGCCCAGCCGGUGCCGCCAAAGGUGCUGCGUGCAGGGCUGACCUUCGCGUUCAUCUCGCAGAUCGGUUCGACGAGCAUCAGUGCUUGGGGUUUCGCCUAUACCACCAAGAGGCUGGGCUUCUCAGAGGAGUGGGCGGCUUUGGUCCCUUCCAGCUUCUACUUAGCGAGCAUGUUGCCUCGCAUGGCCAACACCUGGCUGGCCAAGAGGGUUUUGGCCUCUGCCUUGGUGCAUUGCAGCUUGAUUUUUGUGCUUUUGGGCAGCAUCUCGGUCCUCGUGUCCUCCUGGAUGCUGAGUAAUGCGAGAAACUCUGCCAGUGAUGCAAGCUCUGGCUAUGUCCUCAUGUUCCUCGGUAUUUGGUUCAUGGGUACUGGCUAUGCAAACCACUACUCCAUGCUUUUGGUCUCCAUGACGCAACACGGUGAGUUGACCUCCCAGCAAAGCGGAAUGUUCGGUUCUUCGACGUGUUUUGGCAUCACCAUGGGCCUCUGGUUGGCCGGUUUCGUGGACCUGGCUCACGUGGAGGUGGCGAUUGCCAUGCUCUUGACCGCGAUUUGGACCGCUCACAUCCGCGAGUUUCCGAUCUGUGGCACAGUGAAGCCGGUGACGGCCGAUCAACGAGAAGCGCUGCAGGGGGUCUUUGUCUCCAUACUUUCAGCAUCCUUCAGCCAACACAGUGCUUCGCUGCCUGCAGGUGAUGUGAAGCCGAAGCCCGAGGUUGUUGAGGUGCCUUCCGCACGUGUGGACACCUCCGUGCCCUUGACGAGAGGCAAUUCCAAAUCCAGCACCGGCGGUUGGCAUGCUGACGGGCGCUUGGCAGCGGCGGGGCGGUUGGCCCGAGGUUGCCAGCCUCGCUCGGAACAGCAGGCAGCCAUGUCUGCCACGCUGGGCACCACUGGGAUCGUGGAGGGCGAUAUUCCUUCAUCUCCAUCCAAAUCCAGGAAGUGCCAACUUCCCAAAGCCGGAUCACCAGGCAUGGAGGGGAACUUGCGCAUUGCGAGCAUCGAACAGUUCCUGCAGAAAGGCGACAACUGCUGGCGCGGCUGGGGCAAGCUUGGCAGGCGAACGCUUACGAAGCUGGAGGCAGACAACGAAGGGAUGUCAGAGGGGGCCUCGCGGUCCAAGCGGCGCCAGGUGUCGGAGGAGUCAGGGCACACCUCUUACUCGCCAAGGAACAGCCCGAGCAACAGGUCCAUGGAGAGGCUGGACUCACCGCGACAGGACUCGAAAAUCUCUCGGAGGAGGAGUGUGACCUUGAGUGCCAAGUUCCUGAAACAAAGGUCAAACCUUCAAUUCCAGAGCAGCGAGCAUGACUUGUCCGCGAAAGCUCGCUUCCAAAGCUGUACAGCUCGUUUCCUCAAGAGCACCUACGUGUCGAACUUCAUGAUCGUGGUGGUCCUUUUCGAUGCCUAUUGCACCUGCCGGGACAUUGAUGCACGCGCUGCGGAGGUACCGACACCACAGGUCUUGAUCGUUCUGUCCGACGUGUGCUUGCUGCUGUACACGCUGGAGUUUUUCAUGAACCUUAUAGUGAAAGGAAGCACCAUUUUCCGUGACUGGACCUUGAUGCUUGAUGUCGUGAUCAUUGUGUGUGGCUAUGCCGACUUCUUGUUGAACUUGGUGGCAAAUAGCGACUUUGUCGUUCGCAUAGGCAUGUUUCGGGCCUUCCGCCUGGCGCGGAUCGUUCGCUUGAUGCGGCUCCUGCGGAGGACUCGGGCUUUGCGGGAGCUGCAGAAGUUAGUCACUAUGAUGGCCACCUGCAUGAAAGCGCUGCUUUGGUCCUUUGUGUUUUGCUUCUUGAUCAUGAGUGUUUGGGCAAUGUUCAUUGUGGAGGUCGUUCAUCCCUUGAUUCAAGACAAAGAGAACCCUAUCCUCCUCAACUUCUUUUUGGAGGAGGAUUGCGACUACUGCUUGAGGGCCACGGGAUCUGUGAUGGAAGCCAACUUGCUGUUGUUCAAGACCGUGAUUGCGGGCGACAGCUGGGGCGAGCUUGCGGUGCCGGUGAUUCAGAGAUAUCCGGCGACGGCCAUCAUCUUCGUGGGAUCCAACGUCACUUUGGUCUUUGGGGUCUUGAACUUGAUCGUCGCCGUUGUAGUCGACACUUUUGCGGAGGCGAGACAGAGGGAUAUCUUGAACUUGGCGGAAGAAUUGGAGUACGAUUUCGAAAAGGACAGGAAGUUCCUGAAAGGUGUCUUCGACCGGAUGGAUAUGGAUGGAAGUGGACUGGUCACCUUUGAGGAACUCGUGGAGGGCGCCCGGCGGGAUCCGGAGUUCCAAAGCCGCCUGCGGGUCAUGGAUAUCGAUGAGCAGGACCUCCAACAGCUGUUCGAGAUGAUUGACACCAAUGACCAAGGGUAUAUCAAUGCCAUGGAGUUCAUCGCGCCCCUGAGCCGGUGGGUGCAUGAUUCCAAGACAGCACCACGUUUUAUCAAGUACAACCUGCAGCGAACUAUGCAUCAACAAGAAGAGCUCUUCAUUUUUUGCCAGGAUUGUUUUAAUUCCCUGGCAGAACGCUUGGAUGUCAUCUCCGAAAGAAUGGAGGAGCAGCCUGUGUCCCUCGAUCCCCCGUUCGUGGAUGAACCGCUGGCGCCGGUGGCGCGGCAUGGCAGCGAUGGCGGGGCGUCCCGCGCCUCGGGCGAAUCUGCGAUGUCCGCGGUCUCACUCGUGAGAUCGGAGCCAGGAUCCUUGGCAUCUGAAGGUUCAUUGGUGGAUUUGAGGACGGUGGAUCCUGACGCAGUGACAGAAGGGGUGGAACAACCUCAUGCCUCCAAAAAGGUGAAAGUCUGCAUCCCGGAGGUCGACGAACUUCAAACAGCCAUGGACCACCUGGAAAAGUUUGUCCUUAACGCCACUGAGACCGCGCUGAAGAAAUCCAUGUUGAUCAUGGGUUCCAGCAUCCGUCAGCGCUUGGGGACCGCUGUGGGCAGCUUCCCACUCUACCGGGAGCGAAGCCGAGUUGGAGACUUACCUAGCAAGAGGCGCAAGUAUCGCCAGGAGAAGAUAGGGUCGACGGAAGGGUCUAUGUCGAAGUCUGCCUCUUCUAGCUGGGCCAUGGCUGCCAUGGGGCCCUCACAGUCGACGAACAGCGCGCGUCCCGAGUGGGUCGACGAGCAGUCGCUGCACGACACGACGAGAUGA